AUGCGGCUUCAGGAGCUUCUUUUCGCUGCUACCCUGGCUCCGGCGGCCUUGGUGCUCGCAGACGUCAAAUUCACCAGUCCUGCCGCGGGUGCUAACGUCGCUCCUGGCUCGAUUGCUGUCGCGUGGGAGGACUCGGGCGAUUCGCCGUCGAUUGAUGAUUUGAGCUCGUAUACGCUGCAGUUGAUGGUGGGAGGGAAUAGUGAUGAUGAUUCGAUGCCAGUGAUCUCGAUUGGAGAUGCACAAGGUGACUUCUCGACCGGUAGUAAGGUUACCGGGACAGUUCCGGUCACUCAGGCUGGGAGUGUCAAGAAUGGAUACUUCCUCAAGAUUAUAUCCACUGCAAAGGAGGGAGGAACAGUGAUAAACUACUCGAAACGAUUCAGUUUGACGGGCAUGACAGGCACGACACCCCAAAAGUACGUUACGGCAGCGGCGGCGGUGUCUGGGACAGAUGGACCGGAGACUGUGAACCAAGUCGCCAACAACGCGCAAGCAAAUCCUGCCGCCGGUGGAGCUGGGGCUGUAGCCGCCGCAGGAGCGUACACGGUCCCGUACGGGCUUCAGUCUGGUCUCACCAAGUACGCGCCAAUGCAGGUCGUCCCGCCGACAAAGAUCACGCUUCAGAGCUUCAAGCCCCUGUACCCGACCAGCAAAUACUCCGUGGCUACGACUUGGGUUCCAAAGCCCACAAUCUUGACUACCCUUACUGAAAGUCAGACCUUUUCGGUCAGCAGCAUAGAGAACACAGCAGCCGCACAGUCCCAGCCUACAGGCGAUAUGGCCAAGUUCUUGGCCCGAUGGAAAGACUAA